GGCCCUGUCACCUGGCAACCCAGUGGCAGCGUCCCUGGAGCCCAGGCCACACAGCUGCACCCAGCCCUGCCCAGCUCCUCCCAGGCCUGCAGGACUCCUGGGGCCCUGUCCUUAUUCCCCACCACCAGGACAGCCAAAGCUCCGGUCACAAUGAACAUCGUCUUCUCCAGGGACAGCCAGGUGAGGGGGAUGGACAAUACCGUGGCCAACACCGAGAAGUACUUCGGGCAGUUCUGCUCCCUGCUGGCCGCCUACACGCGCAAGACGGCCCGGCUGCGGGACAAGGCAGACCAGCUGGUCAAGCAGCUCAUCGACUUUGCCAACUCCGAGAACCCCAAGCUGCGGGCCACCAUGAGGGGCUUCGCUGAGGACCUGGCCAAAGUGCAGGAUUACCGGCAGGCCCAGGUCGAGAGGCUGGAGACCAAGGUGGUCAACCCCCUGAAGCUCUACGGGGCACAGAUCAAGCAGACGCGGGCUGAGAUCAAGAAAUUCAAACGUGUCCAAAAUCGUGAGAUCAAACAACUGGAAAAGCUGGAGAAACUGAGGCAGAAGUCACCCUGGGAUCGGCAAAUGAUCGCAUCCUUCCCUGGAAGCCAGGCGGAGACCAGAGUGCAGAGGGCCGCCAUGGACUCCAGCCGCACCACCCUCCAGCUGGAGGAGACAGUGGAUGCCUUCCAGAGGCAGAAGCUGAAGGACCUGCAGACAUUUUUUUCUAAUUUUGUGACUAUUGAGAUGGUUUUCCAUGCCAAAGCGUUGGAAGUGUAUUCUAGUGCCUUCCAGACCCUGAAGAAGUAUGACCUGGAGAGGGAUCUACAGGAUUUUAGAGCCAAGAUGCAAGGAGUUUAUGGGCAUUACGAUACUCAGCCGCUUGCCAACACCAACCCCUCUCCAUCUGUUCUUCAGUCUCUCGCCAGCCAGGGAACUCUGCAGGUCCAGCUGUGUAGGGCAAAUGAAGACCCUGAACAUCCUCAUGCCAAUCAUGGCAGGUUUAGUCUCCAUGACUGGGGGUUGAGAGGGCAGUCAGCUCACUGUGUGUGUGGGCAGGGGGGGUAUCUCAUGCUUCCGGGACAUUCUCUCUAACGAUGGCAGGGUAAGUGCAAUCCCAAGCCGUUUAAAAUAAUCCCAGACUGCCUGGAGGCUUUGUCCAUAUUUUCUUAUUCUUUUUUCUUUGUCUUUGUUGGACUGGGUUAAUUCGAAGACCUUGUCUUCAAGCUCUGAAUUUCCUUCUUCUACUUGUUCAGUUCUAUUGCUGAGACUUCCCAGAGCAUUUUGCAUUUCUGUAAGUGUGCCCAGUGUUUCCUGAAGUUUUGGUUGGUUUUCUUUAUGCUAUUUCUUGGUCCAAGCCCACUGCUCCUGGUGGUGGGACCUCGGGGAAGUCUCCUGGCCUCUCUGUGCCUUGGAGUCCUCGCCUGCAGAGUGGCUCAGAACAGUGACCUCUGUGUGGGGCUGCGCUGAGUAUCAGAUGAGCAGAUCCAUACGAAGCAUGGAAAACCCGGCCUGUUGCACAACGAACACUCGAGACUUGUUGCUGCCAUUAUUAUUACUGAUGUUGCUGUCAUUUUACUAUUACUAUUAUUUAGAGUGCUCAGAGCACGAUACAGAGCCCAAGAAAAGAAGGGGAGGAGAGUGAGGACGACUCCAUGGAGGAGGCCCCCGUGGAGGAUCUCAGGGCCCUGGGGCAGAGACCCAAUGCUAGAGAACCGCCCACAACAGUCAGAAGAACUUAGCUGGCCUGGGAUCCUCAGGUGGGCUCUGCUGUGUGCCCUCAGGCAAGCCACAUGUCCCCUGAGCCUCAGUUUCCUCAUCUGUACAAUAGGGCCAAUAUCACUCACCUCACAGGUUGCUCUGGGGGAUCGCUGUGCCUGGCACAUAGUAGGUGUUCAAUAAAUGCCCUGUGACUCUCAGCU